GUGACCAUUCUCACAGUUAGACACAGUGUGUGCGCUUUCGUCAGACAGUAGCGAGCUCGAGAGAAGAUCUCAGAACAUCGAGCUCUGAUUCAAGCCACAAGCCAUGAGCGGCAUGGCUCCAUUUUCCACCUUCCAAGCGCUGCUGCUUGUCUUGUUUGCAGUCCCGUCGAUUCAACAGACCAGUUUUCGGACCGAUCGACCUUUGCAGACCGAUUGGUGGGCGGACCGGACAUUUCCUGAUUUCCCUGAUAUCGAUGCUGUAUCCAUUAACAGCACGCUGUAUCCAUACGGACAGUCCGAAGGUGAUACAUUUAACGGACGAAACGAUGAUGGAGGAUCUCCUAGGAUAAGCAUCUCGUUUUCCCUUCCAUACUUCGAUCGUCUGCAUGACUCUCUUUGGGUUAACACCAAUGGAGUGAUAUCGCUCUUGGGUCAGAUAUCCCAGUUUACGCCUGAUUCAUUUCCACUUGGAGAUGGCAGGCGUUUGAUAGCUCCUUUCUGGUGUGAUGUGGACACGAAUAACGGAGGAUUUGUGAUGUACCGUGAAACAACCGACACCAGUAUCCUAGAACGCGCCACUACGGAUAUCACCAGUGCCUUCCCAGACCAACCCAACUUCCGAGCUACAUGGGUCUUUGUGGCAACAUGGCAUGAAGUAGCAUAUUAUGGAUCCAGUAGCGACAAGCGAAACACCUUCCAAGCAGUUCUGGUUUCAAAUGGAAGACACAGCUUUGCCAUGUUUAAUUACGGCCGCAUCACGUGGACCACAGGGACAGCAAGUGAUGGGGACGCAGCGACAGGCCUAGGAGGAACACCUGCACAGGUUGGUUUCAAUGCUGGUAACGGCAUGCAGUACUUCUCCGUCCCUGGAUCGCAGACCCACGCCAUUGUCGAUGUAGAGACAACUUCAAACGUCAACAUCCCAGGCCGAUGGGUGUUCCGCAUCGACAGCGCGGUCAUCCAAGACGGUGGAUGCAAUGCUGAAGGGUCAAUCCGCAUCACUCCAUUCUUUGGGACAAUGUUGGGCGGCACCAAGGUUAAGAUCUCAGGACCCUGCUUUGACGGCCCAGACGUCGACAUCCGGUGCCGGUUUGGGACUAAAGAUCCGGUAACUGGGUGGGUUGACGGUGACAACACGGCAGCCUGCAUUUCGCCCUUUCUGUCUAAUCCAGGCAGGAUCCCCUUACUCGUCUCCACGGAUGGUGGAAAUACCUACAACUACUCGACUAUGUAUACUGCAGCUGAUCCGGACCGAGUUUUGACAGAGUUGACAACCACUGAAAAUGAUGCCGAUGAGACCAUAACCCUCGAAUGGCAACCUUCCGCUGUUGAGGGCAACACAGUCAAUGUGUUUCUCCAUGCAUACAACGAGACGACCGAGACCUGGGACGCCAUAGCACAGUUAGCAUCUAACGUCCCCAACACGGGCAGUUACACCAUGUCCACUGCAGAUGGAUGGAUACCAGUCGACGUAGUGAAAACUGGCGCGCUGUCUGUAGCACCAGGAAACGGAGUGGCAAGGCUGCUGCCAGCAAUAGUGACUGGGGCCCGUUUGCUGUAUGCUGGAAUACGUACGUAUCUGGCAGUCAGAGCAGCGGCAGCAUCUUGGUGCGCAGCAUGGUGCGAAUUCGAUAAACUCCAACCCGACUUCAUCGACGAACUGUCAAAGGACAUCCCAUGUCCGACUACCUUAAACCAAGCACGAAGACAUACAGGCGCCUUUAUGACAGACAAGGCCUGUAAGUCCGGAUCGCGGAACCCGUUAAAUUGCCUCUUCCACCCUGGUGCUCAUCACUGCGUGCGGUCCAUCAAUAAGACGUCUCAGGGUGCUGGGCAGCAGUGCUGCUACAAACAAGACGGCAGCCUACUGUUGGAUGGGCCGGGAAGAGGAACUCCGGACAGGGUACACUCAGAUUCACGGCUGGGUCACUUCGGAGCAGACGUCGCCCCGUAUUUUCUUUGCUGCAUUUUGUCCAACAACUGCGACACAUACUUUGAAAAAAGACCAGCCAAUGAUGGAACGGGAUACGUCUUCCCAAGACCCACAAGGACCUUUGGCGAUCCUCAUUUCAUAACUCUGGAUGGCUUAGGGUACACGUUCAACGGUCAUGGGGAAUUCGUCUUGCUAACUGUGAACGACGGAGAAUUCCUCGCGCAAGCUCGUAUGGAACAGCUAAUUAGCGAUGGUUCAGCUGUAGAUGCCACAAUCAUCACUGCCUUGGCCAUGAAGGAAAACUCAUCUGAAACCGUGCAGGUGCAGUUGAGUGAAGUUCGCACGAUGGACGUUCUUGUUGAUGGUCAGCUGAUAGACUUUCAGGAACUAACUGUGCAAGAGUUUUCAGGUUUUGUGGUGACUGUGGAGGAUGCUGACGAAGCACAGAUUUCCUUCAACUCCGGCAUCGGCGUGACAGUCAAUGCACUGGAGGGCAUGCUGUCCAUCGCCAUGACACUACCGUUCCAUAUGAGAGGAAACACCGCUGGUUUGCUUGGGGUGUGGAAUGCUGACUCCGCAGAUGACCUGACCAGGCCAGAUGGUACAGUUGUCCUUGCAAACAGUAGCAUGCAGGACAUCCACAACUGGUUUGGACUGCCUUGGAUGAUUGAUGAAGAAGACUCCCUCUUCACGUAUGGACCUGGAGAAAGUUACAACACUUUCUCUGAUGUAGGAUUCACUCCUGCUUUUGAACCACCAUCAGUUACACCAGAGUUCCAGGCCGAAGCAGAGGAGGUGUGUGGAAAGUUGAUCACCUGUGGUCCACUAGACCCCCCUGAUGUUCCUGGAAACCUGGUCAUCUCUAACUACUACUUUAUUGGUUCUGUUGCCACCUUUGAUUGCGAGGUGGGACUGUUGACUACUCCCUGGGAACGUGUCUGCCAACCCGAUACAAGCUGGAGCGAAGCCCCUCCCCCUGCCUGCGAAUGUACCAGGCCAUACCUGGUCAGGCAUGGCAUGUGCAUCCGAGUUGUGCCACGACCACGGAGCUAUGCAUCAGCAGUGGCAUUCUGCCAGAACGACCAAGGAGAGCUGCUGUCCAUCCGGGACCCUGCAGUGAUGGAGGAUUUGAAGAGACGUCUGCUGCGCCGUGGGCGACGCAGCCGUGGCGUGUGGAUUGGUCUGACGGACUCAGCAACAGAGGGGACCUGGACCUGGGAGGAUGGUGUCGCCUACGAAGAUGAUGAGAUCCCAGGCAACUCCGACGGUGCAGACUGUGCAUACAUGGCUAAGAGGGCCGGUUUUGAACUGCGCGUUCAGCCAUGUGAAGAGAGGAAAGCAUUUAUCUGCAAACGUUGA